GCGGAGGAGCCGCGCUGUCGCCCCGGCCGGGCCCGGCAUGGCCCGCCGCCCGCUGCCCGGCCGCCGCCGGCGCUGAGCGCGGGGGGAUCGCAGUGUCCGCCGACUGAAGGUUUCUCUGAAGCUUAAUCUUCAAGAUGAAGUUCUUACUAGCGGUUGUAUUUUUCAUCUCAUUCUCCUUAUGGGUUGAAGAAGUCUAUUCCAAAGAGAAGUCUUCAAAGAAAGGAAAGGGGAAAAAGAAGCAAUAUCUAUGUCCAUCGCAACAAUCAGCUGAAGACCUUGCAAGAGUACCUGCUAAUUCAACCAGCAAUAUCUUGAAUAGGCUAUUGCUCAGCUAUGAUCCCAGGAUAAGGCCAAAUUUCAAAGGAAUUCCAGUUGAUGUUGCAGUUAACAUCUUCAUUAACAGCUUUGGGUCAAUUCAAGAGACAACUAUGGAUUAUAGAGUCAACAUCUUUCUAAGACAGAAGUGGAAUGACCCCAGACUCAAACUGCCCAAUGACUGGAGAGGCUCAGAUACACUGACGGUGGACCCAACUAUGUUCAAGUGUCUUUGGAAGCCAGACUUAUUCUUUGCAAAUGAAAAAAAUGCUAACUUCCAUGAUGUCACACAAGAAAAUAUCCUUCUUUUUAUAUUUCGAGAUGGAGAUGUCCUAGUCAGCAUGAGGUUGUCUAUUACUCUGUCAUGCCCUUUGGACUUGACCUUGUUUCCUAUGGAUACACAGCGCUGCAAGAUGCAAUUGGAAAGCUUUGGUUACACAACUGAUGACUUACGGUUUAUCUGGCAGUCUGGAGAUCCUGUACAACUAGAGAAAAUUGCUCUGCCUCAGUUUGAUAUUAAAAAGGAGGAUAUUGAAUAUGGUAACUGUACCAAGUAUUACAAAGGCACAGGUUAUUACACUUGUGUAGAAGUAAUCUUCACUUUAAGAAGACAAGUUGGAUUUUACAUGAUGGGUGUUUAUGCUCCUACACUGCUAAUUGUUGUUCUAUCCUGGCUGUCAUUUUGGAUCAAUCCUGACGCAAGUGCUGCAAGAGUCCCGCUGGGUAUUUUCUCAGUGCUCAGCUUGGCAUCUGAAUGUACCACUCUUGCUGCUGAACUUCCCAAAGUGUCUUACGUGAAGGCCUUAGAUGUCUGGCUGAUUGUUUGUCUUCUCUUUGGCUUUGCAUCCCUGGUGGAGUAUGCUGUGGUUCAGGUAAUGCUAAACAAUCCAAAGAGAAUUGAAGCCGAAAAAGCAAAGAUUGCCAAGGCAGAGCAAGCGGAAGGGAAGGGUGGAAAUGCUGCCAAGAAGAACACUGUGAAUGGCACAGGGACUCCUGUCCACAUCAGCACUUUACAGGUUGGUGAGACCAGAUGCAAAAAAGUUUGCACUUCGAAAUCUGAUCUGAGAUCCAAUGAUUUCAGCAUCGUUGGAAGCUUGCCAAGAGAUUUUGAAUUAUCAAAUUAUGACUGUUAUGGGAAGCCCAUUGAAGUCAACAAUGGGCUCGGGAAAUCUCAAGCCAAGAACAACAAGAAGCCUCCUCCUCCCAAGCCUGUCAUUCCAUCAGCAGCAAAGAGAAUUGAUCUUUAUGCAAGAGCACUGUUCCCUUUUUGCUUCUUGUUCUUCAACGUCAUAUACUGGUCCAUAUAUUUAUGAUAAAUCUUUUAUUUAUUUUUUCAUAUGUAUAAAAUAUAACCCAUUUCAUUAUCCCUUCCCAGUCAUGAAGGCCACUGUGUGAAAUUAUUUGCAUUUGCAAAGCAAUAUGUUGCAUCUUGAUGCCGUGCGAUUGUACUGAACAUAUGGCAUCUGAAAUUUGAAUGAAAGCAUGACACUGCAAUGUCUGUGCUCUGACCAACGUUGUAUAUAAAUGUACAGCACACAUCCUGCUUUAGGAAUAUAUAUGAAGGACAAUGCAUACUACGUUAUAAAGCUGAAUAACGCUCUUCACUUAUUAGUAACAUACAGAAAUUUAAAGUGUUUCUGACAAUGAAACUGAUGUGCACGUUGAGUAUUAUUAAAAUCAGUAUUCUAGUAUAUGUAGUAUUUAACAGCUUUUCUGCUGACUUCCAGAGGGAAAAAACCACCCACCAAACAUCUUGUUCUUGUAUAAUUUUAGAUGGCACUGUUGAAGAAAAAGCUAAGAUGUAAUUCAUAUUAUUUAGACUUUGUAAGUAAAGGCAGCAUCAAAUAAGCAGAUCUUGUCUAUGUGGAAAAAUAAAGAUCAGAGAACUACUAAUUUUGUAAAAUCAGCUCAUUUAGGAAAAAAACCCCAACAAUUGUGUCUAUGAAGCAGGCACACUUAAGUGCGUGAGAAUAUGCUGACAAUAAAACAUUGGGCCAGAUAUUGACUGCUGUUUCUUUAGGCACAAACUAGAUACAGUAUCUCAAAAACAAACAAGCCACUUUCUAGACUGAAUGUAUGAGGAGUUUUAGGAAGGAAUCACAAGAUGCAGUUCAGCAUGAGGUUUGUUAUACAUUUUUACAUUACAUUUACAUUACUUUGUCCUUCUAUAGCAUCUGGCAAGUGUGUAAGUCACUUUUUUUUUUGUUGUUGCAUUGGACACAUCUUACUUGACUUGUUUUGUUUAUCCCCUUGAAAACUUUCAUUUUAAACAAACCAGUUGUCAAGAAUGAAAUCCUAUUUUCACCAUUAAUUAUACCUUUUUCAUUUGUGUGCUAGCUAACACGUAGGAGUGAAAGCAUGUCCAAAGGUCUAAGGGGCUAAGACUCUUAAAUAUAUCAUGAGCCUCCUGUAGAUGCCAGGGUACAUCUGUUGUAAGGGCGAGUCAUGCAAUGAAAUGCAGCCUAAAGGAAGCUGCAGGUAUGUAGGCAUCUGAGUAGCGUGUGUUCUCUCAGAACACAGGGGCUUGGCCUCGGCCCAUGAGAGUGUGCGUAGAGAAAUAUGUCUCUGCUUGUAAAGCUGGGACACCACAGCUAGUUACAACAUGUGUACAUGUUACUAGUUGCAAUAUGAAAAUAAGGCAGUUCUCACUAACUUUGCAAUUCAUAAGAGUAAACAUGAGUUACUGGCGCCUCUUGGGCUCAGAAGGGACUAAUUUAAAUACAUGAGACCUUCCGUAGUGUGGAAACAGAAACAAUCCCACUUGCACUACAUUUCUGGCAUGUCCAGGAUGUAUUGAGCUAAUGCAGGCCACCACAAUCAGACUGUUGCAUCACUUGGGUGUUUUCCACCAUGAGAAUGUUGUCCACAUGCAGCAAGCCUGCACAACCAAAAGGUCAAAAGUGGGAAUAUAAGAAGAGCAAUGGCAUGCCACACCAGCUUCACUUGGACAUCUGGCAGCCCUGCACGUUCCCAGGGCCUCUUCUAACCACUGCCACUUUGUGAUCCACAGGCUGGUUGCAACUUAUCAUGUUUGGGUUGAAGAGAUCUGCUCCUCAGAGUAUGGUCACGUGUUUUUCACCAGCUCCCUGGCCACUUUCUUGUGAGGGUUUCAGGGAGCCACUCUACCAGGUGGCCACAGUUUGUCCUUUCGAUUUCUUUCUGAUCUAAGGAAAUGGAAUAAAAAUCCCAGGUGUUACUGAGCUGUCUUGAACCAGGGCUGAGGGAAGGGAUAUCUUAAAGGUCUGCUUCAAAAUUUUAAUAAUUCUUUUGGUUGAAGGUAAUUGCAGAAUUGUCAAAGACUCCUAAGAAGCAAUAAGGAAAAGUAUAGGAGAGGAAGGAAGGGAGAGGGAACUUUUAUACGUACAGAGUGCUAUAUUUAUAGACAUUAUUUAUUCUCAUACUUGUAUUUUUUCUUACAGUACUGGAAGGCAAGAAAAUAAUUACUCUGUGUUGGAAAUUAUAUGAAUUUUGGAAGAUAAUUUUCUUGUUGGAACUCUUAUUAAAUGAUUUAUCUGUAAUUAGUGUCCACAUUCUAUCUGUAAAAUCUCAAUUAUAGAUUUUAUUGUUAAAUUAAUCUUUGUUCCUUCUUGGUUUCCUGCUUACUUGAUGGCUUUUGUGUUUUAUCAUAAAACAUUUAAUCAAUAAUACACUGUAAUUGCUUUCCAACUCACACAAAGGGAAGAAAAAGGAAUGCAUAUUGUUCAGAUAAAGGUUUUUUGUUCAUUAUAGCACAAAAACUAAGACCAGAAGCAAAGUUUAACAGCAAAUUUGAAACUAAAUUUAAAAUGAACCAGUAUCAGCAAUAAAGAAUUAAUUUUCUUUUUACUUAUAUUAGAUAAUAUUGCAGUAUUUGUAUUACCUUGGAACAUAUUAGCUUGUCCUACUGAGCAGUAAUAAUUGAUUUAUUUUAUUUUUCCUCUUUCCACUAAAGGUCAUUGAAAGUUUUGCAUGCCAUCUUACAUUAUGGUCCUCCAGCACCCUCUAGUUGUAAAAUUCUGCCUGUUGACUGAUUUCAGGAAUGUGGUGCAAAUACAAAACUGUAUAGGCAAUAUGGGAUCUCACCUGAUUGUGAUAAUGUGACAGGAAAAAAGCUAUUAUUAAAUUAAAAAUAAAUGUACAUUGAAUCAAUGUACAGCUAUAGAAACUUGCAAUGCAGUAUGAAUUUAAAAUUGAAGAAAUUAAGACAUUCCAGUAGUAGCAAAGAUGAAGUUCUUGAAGUACACACUAGUAACUAGAUUAACCAGUCAUGAUGUCUGAACAAACCGCAUGACAGCAAAAUCUGUUUUUGAGGGAGAGGCCAUCUGUGUUUCAGCUGACAUUUACUUUAAGUUCUGCUGUUUGCUGGUAGGAGAGUUACAAAUUUUUGUUCUACCCUUAACAUAACCCUUGGUAUUUUCUUGGCUCUUAAGCCCUUUAGUUAUCUUUCUACAUUUUUCAGGAUUUUAGAACACAUUCAAACACUGCAUCAGGAAUUUCCGUGGAGAUUAAUUAAUUCAUUUCUUAACUGCGUCCACAAAUUUGGGGUAGACAAUAAGUAAGGAUGUGAUUUGAAAAGUAUAUCUGCUGCUUUGUGUUAAUUCCCUGUAAUCCAUACCUCAUGUUUGACAUCCUGUUUUAGGAGCACCUCUUUAGUGGCUAAUGGCACCUCCUCUUUUUUUCUGUUAAUUCUGGCUGAGAUGGUGUAUGUGAGCAGUCUGUCCUUUGAGUGAGGAAAGGAGUUUAUUUUUGUAAGUGCAGUGUACAGAAGAUUGACUGCUUGGAAACACUGCCAAGCAACUUUCAUUCUUCAAAGUCUUCAAAUUAAUUUGGACUUGGUAACAGGGUAAAGAGAGAGUGUCUUUAGCACCCUAUGACCCAUUAAAGAGAAAGUAGCAACACUGCCUUCUGGAGUAGUGCCAAUGGGCAUGACCACAGUCAUUGAUCUGGCUCUAUAAUCAUUUAAAGGAAAUGCACUUACAAGUAAUCUUUAUUUAAAAUUAUUUUACUCUGUAGAGAGACAAUACCUUACUUCAGCAGUCUGUUAUAGUUGUUAAGGGAAUCUAUUAAGAGACGUUAUAAUACAGGUCUCUUCUUCAAUUAAAGCAGCUUAUCAUUAUGGUUACUGAGUGACUUGCAAUAAGGAUAUUUAUAGAAUAGGUAGCAUUAAAUUAUUUAUUUCCAAGGGAGUGCAACCUGAAUAUAUGCAGUGCCAAGUGAUUUUUCUGGCUAUUGAGAUAUCAUAGUGCUGCAGUGAGUACAAAUGAGGUGUGUAGGAGGUGUGUAGGAGAUAAGGAGAUAGGACACUCUUACUGAUGCUCUGGUAUACUAAUUCCGGGAUUACAGAAGAUAAUGUGGAAAGAAAUUCAGAUAAAAAGAGAUUGCAUAAUA